AACAUUGUUGAUCAUUUGUUGUUGUUCCACUGAACAAUUUUGAUGGACCUAUGUUUAGUUCAUUCACUCCCCUUUAUGAUACAGUGUCAACAGAACCCAAACAGAAUCCUGCUAACGAAGACAAUCUUAACAACUUGACUGCAAAAUCUCUGGAAGACCCUAAACCUCCACGGAAGGAUACUUUUCAGGUGAAAUCUGGAAUUUGGGCUGAUUCAUUGAGCCGUGGAUUGAUUGAUCUUAAUAUAACUGCUCCCAAGAAGGUAAAUCUUGCAGAUGUUGGCAUCGUGGGUGGAUUGAGUGAUACAGAUGAAAGGGGGAAAGGACCACCAACUUCAUUUACAUGGGAACAGCAAUGGGUUCAGAGUCUGGUCUUUGUAGGACAGGUUAUUCAUCCUCACAAGCAACUGGAGAUGAUUUGUUCUCAACUCUUGGUGGCCAACAUUUUCAUUUCAAUGGCUUGAAGAAGUAAUUUUCCUCAUUUUCCCUUGACAUUCUUUCAUCCACUUGGUUAUACGUUGAAAAUUGUAUUCAGUUGUGCUGAAAAAAAUAAAAGAAGGCCAAAAGCAAAUUGUGUUGUCCUAGUUGUUCGAAACAAGUUGAAAGUUGGAACCGUCCAAAAACUUUCAACCUGUAGCAAGAAACGACUUGCACAUGAAAAAUUGAGGGUUUGGGUGUUAAAAUGAUUAUACAUGAGCAAUUAUAAGUUGCCUAGAGGAGAAUAAUUA